UGAAAAGAAGUUCACAUGCGACACUGACAGUGAACACGAUUGUGGCGUGGAACCUUAAAGUUCACAGCGGCUGAUGCAGUACACGAAAAAGGAAGGUGUUGAAACUACGCCAACACUUUCCCAUAGGGCUAAAGCAUAUACCACUAUGACGGGCGAAAUGAUACGUGGCGAGAGACCAUAGUCACGCGAAGUCAAGUCGCCACUACUCAUACCGAACCAAUUGGUCCAUUUCACGUUUCAUCCCAGUCCGUAUUCAAGUUUGCCCAUAUGUCGUCGUCGAUCAGGAUCCCCGCUGUGACUGCAUCGACAACGGUUGCCCUGACUGCGCUGGUAUACUGUAUUAGGUCACGUUGGCUGCGUAUUCAACAGAAACGGAGAGCCAACAAGAUUCGAGAUAACUUACCUCAGAAUCUCAUUGAAUGGCGACUGCCAGGUACGCCUGAAUGCGAAGAAAUUUGGGAGCAUUUGGAUUCAGCACUUUCAGACAACGGACUGAAGCAAUGGGUUCAUAGCGGUCUCCAAUUACUGCACACUCCAGAUGAUGGUUUGCGUAUGGCCAGCGGAUAUGCCUACGUUACACCAACUCGUGAGACCGGCACCGGUCCUGGUACUGUAGAAGGCCUCACAUGUGUUCAAUAUAUCAACCCCAUUUUCCGAAUUGCACGUACUACCGAAGGCCAUGAUGUCGCUAUUCGCGUGGUCGCUGUCAAAGAUCAGGGACAUGAGCAGCUCAGAAUUCUGAAGAAAGUUGCUUCUGGCUGCUUGAGUUUACUCAGUAACAAUCACAGUCUUCCUAUGCUUCGAGACUUUGAGUUUGAAGAUAUUACCUUCGGCAUUUUCCCUCUAGUUGGUGGCUGUUUGGAUGAUGCGUAUGGCUAUUGGGCGAGAAAUUCUGUAGGCGACAUCAUUGACAUGGUGAUGCAAGCCUUGGAGGGUCUUGCAUUUCUUCAUGAGCAAGGAAUUGCCCACCGUGAUGCAGACAAGUCGAACUUUCUGGUGCAGUGGCAUCCCGAAUCCUUGCGCACCAUGACUGUGGCUCGCUCUCGACCUCGGGUAUAUAUCAUUGACUUCGAAGUUUCCGUCGAAUUCCCUCCGGGAUCUCCCAAAGAAGCCUGUAUGUCCAUGGGCCCGCCAGUGGGUGGCACGAUCCCAGUGUCAGGAUGGAAUCGGGAGCUGCCUCCCGAGGUGCAGUCUGGAAAGCCAUAUAGCCCUUUCAAGCUGGAUGUAUGGCAAUUCGGUUAUAGUCUCAUCACCCUUAGAUCCACUAUUCCUGCUAUUGAUCAGGUCUUCGCCGAACUAGUCAUUGAUGAUCCCGUCGUUCGUCCUAGUGCAAGUGAGGCAUUAACCAAGCUGAGCAAGGUGGUUCAUAGUAUUCUGCCGGAGGCAUUGCUCAUUGAGCCUAUCAAAGUGAAUCUCGAGCCCACAGGAAGUUCAUCGCAGACGUCAAUGGAACCAUACUGUGCUUGAAGAUGUCUCGUAGUAUCUCAAUUUCCUUACGUUCUCAAUGCAACAAUAUUUCAGUUUCGCGAGGCCCAGUAUUCGGGGCCGGAUUUAUAUCGGAGUUUCUUCAUCGUCUCACUGCGCUUCAGACACUGUCACAUCCAUUCGUAAACAUAUUCCGCUCUUGGGAUUCGACGAAGCUUUGAAGCAAUCUAUGUAUUUCUGACAACGAUAAGCGUUGGCUGCAACGGUACUGUUUCCGCCCCGACGCUGAACAUCUUUUGAACAUGACAAGAAUCACUCGGUGAUUUUAUUGACAUACAUUGUCCUACUGUACGACUCUGGCAAAUAUGAAAAGCUCUGAUCCAGCUGAACGUUUGAGUGC